UACUGCGCAGAGGUCGAAUCGAAUCGAGGCUGAGCCAGAGAACAGCACUGCUGGGGGAGUAGAAAGGAGACCAUCAACCAUGGCGAAGGGAGCUAAAACCUCUCAAAAAUCUAGCUCACCCUCAACUUCUGACUCUGCCCAAGUCACCGAAACACCUUCCACUCAGAGGAAAAUGGUUUUGAGGGUGAAAACAACCGAGGGGACUAAGAGGUCAGCAAGAUUAAGUGCUAUCAACCAGGAGGGAACGUUGGCUAGGUCAGUUCAGAAGUCAAAAGCCAAACACAAGAAGAUAAGUAGCAAAAUUGAUGCCAAGAAACCCAAGAAGCCACCAACGGCUUUCUUCUUCUUCUUGGAGGACUUUCGAAAGGUGUAUCAAGAGCAAAAUCCAGAUGUCAAAUCAAUGCGAGAUAUUGGAAAAGCAUGUGGAGUGAAGUGGAAAACAAUGACAUAUGAGGAAAAGGUUCAAUAUUAUGAUAUAGCCACAGAGAAACGAGCAGCAUUUGAUAGCGCCAUGGCGGAAUAUACGAAAAGAAAGGAAAGUGGUGAAGAAUCUGAAGAUGAAGAAACUGAGGAUGAUUCAGAGUUUGGGAAUGAGCUGAAAAUUUGAAAAGCAAUAAUACUUGCUCAUGUAGAGGCUUUAGUUAACAAGUUGUAUAUUGAUCUAUGGGACACAGGUUAUUUGUCUUCUCAAAACAAUUGUUCAUGUAUAAUUUUUUUGUUUUCUUUUUCUUUGUAAGAACUACUCCCAAUUGCAUUGAGGUAAUCACAAUGUAGAUUUAUCGGCCAAGUGGUGUGAAAGAUUGUAAUUGUAGGUUUCUUCAUUUAUUGAUAAUUUGAUAUCUCAAGUUCUCAACUUA